CUGUCUCUGUUGGUUAAGUGUGAGUGCUUGAACUACAGAUUCCUAGCGUUGGUUCUAUAUUUGAUUUCUUAUUCCCCUUCCUUUGCAUCUAAGAAACCCCCAGACUUUGCACUCUUUUUGUUUUGUGGGUUCUUUUGAAGGGUGAAAUCUGAAACGGGUUUCUAACUUUCUAUGUUUACUACAGAUAAUCAGAGGACGAGAUGGGAGGUGAAUGUUCAAGUAAGAAUAGAGUAUUAACUAAAAAAAAUGGGGAUCUUAUUGAUAUUGUGUUUUCAUGGUCUCUUGAAGACAUAUUCAAUGAUAACCUUUACAAGGAUCAGGUGGAAAAGAUUCCAGUUUCAUUUCAAAGCAUGGAACAGUAUACUGGGUCAUAUCUUUUCCCAUUGUUGGAAGAGACACGAGCUGCAAUAUGUUCAUCUAUGGAUAUUAUAGCCGGAGCGCCUUAUGCUGAAGUGAGAUAUCUUAAUGAGGCAGGGCCACAUGGGACAUUAUCGUUUGAUGUAAAUGUUGAUUACUGGAGAAACAGGUUCAGUGAUCCUGUGAAGGAACCAUACAAAACAUUCCCAGGAGAUAUUUUCGUUAUAGCAGAUGCUAAACCUGAAACUGCAUCCGAUUUGCAAAGGGUAGGAAGAACCUGGACAUUUGCAUUAGUCACUAAUAUACCCGAGGAUGACUAUGAGGAUAAUAGCUCAUCUACUUCCUUUAAAGUGAAGGCAGUGGAAGAUAUAGCAUCCAAAGGUGAGAUGCAGAACUCUGUUGUAGUUUUCCUGAGGAAUGUAACCACCAACAGGCGAAUAUGGAAUGCAUUGCACAUGAAGGGAAACCUAAAGAUUAUCAAAGAGGUUUUGCACACUGAUUCUAUGGUAGAAGAAAGCUGCAGUCUCUGUUCCUCUCAGAAUGAUGGAACCUUGAAUGAGGUUUUUCUGACAAGGUUGCUAUCUCAACUGAAUGAAUCUCAAAGGAAGGCAGUUUUGGCUUGUCUUAACAAAAUGCAGUGCAACCACAAGGCUCAUGUGGAACUUAUUUGGGGCCCACCAGGAACUGGGAAAACUAAAACUAUUAGUCUUCUGCUGUUUACUCUGUUGAGAAAGAAAUAUAGGACACUCACUUGCGCCCCAACAAAUAUUGCAAUUACAGAAGUAGCUGCACGUGUCCUACAGCUGGUAAAAGCAGCUAAGGAAACACUCUCAGAUGAUCCAUUUUGUUCCUUGGGAGACAUCCUCUUAUUCGGCAAUAAAUGGAGACUCAAAGUUGGUACCGAUAUUGAAGAAAUAUUUCUGGAUCAUCGUGUAAAAAGGCUUACUGACUGCUUAGGGCCGCUGGGUUGGUGCCAUUGUUUUACUGCAAUGAUAACUUUUCUUGAAGAUUGUGUCUCUCAGUACCAUAUUUUUUUGGAAAAUGAAUCAAUCGAAGAGAGAAAACAUGGUAGUGAAAAUGAAAACCAAGAGCAAGAAUGUUGCAGUGAAACCGAUCGUAAGAAGGCGAAACACAAAUCAUUUCUUGAAUAUGUAAGAGAAAUAUUUGCCUCAACAGCAUUACCACUGAGAAGAUGUGUCUCAAUUUUAUUCACUCAUAUACCCAAAAUCUACUUUCUGGAGCAUAAUAUUCAAGACUUCAAAACUCUUUUUCGCCUGCUUAAUUCUUUUGAAUCUGGGCUGUUUCUUGAUGGUGUAGUUUCUGAAGAGGUGGAGGAGAUCUUUUUACAUUCAAAAGUUGAUAAAUUGCUCCCCCAAAAUUUUGUUGAUGCAUCACUAUUGUUGUGCUCGGUAAGAAGCCAGUGUCUUUCCGUUUUGAAAGCCCUCCGUGAUUCUCUUCGUGAACUUAAACUACCAAGUGCCACGAACACGGAUUCGAUAAAAAAAUUCUGUUUUCAAACAGCUUCUUUACUGUUCUCCACUGCAUGUGGUUCAUAUGAACUCUAUAAAGUUAGAAUGAAACCACUGAAUGUGUUGGUGAUUGAUGAAGCAUCACAGUUGAAAGAAUGUGAAUCACCCAUACCCUUACAACUGCCCGGUAUAGCACACUCCAUUCUUGUUGGUGAUGAAUGUCAAUUGCCUGCUACAGUUCUAAGCAAUGUUUCUUCUGAAGCUGGUUUUGGAAGAAGUUUAUUUGAGAGGUUGAGUACAUUGGGUCACUCAAAGCACCUUCUGAAUAUUCAGUACAGAAUGCAUCCGUCAAUAAGUUGCUUUCCCAAUGCAAGUUUCUAUUAUAACCGGAUUUUGGAUGCACCAUGUGUUAAGCAUAGGAGUUAUGAGAAACAUUAUCUUCCAUGGCCUAUGUUUGGUCCCUAUUCCUUCAUAAAUGUUUGCGGAAGAGACGAAGUUGAUGAUGUUGGAUAUAGCCAUAGAAAUAUGGUUGAGGUAGCUGUUGUGCAGAGGUUGGUGCGAACUCUGUACAAAGCAUGGGAUGGCUCAAGAGAGAAGCUCAGUGUUGGUAUAAUCUCUCCCUAUGCUGCUCAGGUUGUUGCAAUUCAGGAGAAGCUUGGCGUGAAGUAUGAGAAAACUGAUGGCUUUGCAUUGAAGGUCAAGUCAGUUGAUGGGUUCCAGGGUGGUGAGGAAGAUAUUAUAAUAAUAUCAACUGUGAGAUCAAAUAGUUCAGGUGCAAUUGGGUUCAUGUCCAACCCUCAAAGAACUAAUGUUGCUCUUACAAGGGCUAGGCACAGCCUCUGGAUUUUGGGGAAUGGAUAAACGCUGGCGAAAAGUUAUUCUUAUUGGGAGGCUUUAGUUGAUGAUGCAAAGGCACGUCAUUGUUUUUUUAAUGCUGAUGAAUACAAGGAAUUAGGAAAUGCUAUUUUAGAUGCCAAGAAAGAUUUUGAUCAACUUGAGGACUUGCUUAAUGGCGAUAGUGUUCUUUUCAAAAGUGCUAAGUGGAAGGUUCUUUUCAGCGAUUACUUUAGAAUGUCAUUUGGGAAGCUGAAAUCUCUCCAGACCAAGAAAUCAGUUUUAAACCUUCUACUAAAACUUUCCAGUGGCUGGCGACCUAAGAAGAGAAAUGUGGAUUUAAAUUGUGAAAGCACUUCUAUGGUCUUGAAACAAUUCAAGGUUGAAGGUCUUUAUAUAGUCUGCUCAAUUGAUGUAGUGAAGAGGCAGAGGUACACUCAGGUAUUGAAGGCUUGGGAUGUUUUGCCGUUAGAGGAUGUUGGGAGACUGGUUAAGCGCCUUGAUGGCAUCUUCAAAAUGCAUACUGAUGAUUUUAUCAGUCAUUGCAAUGAGAAAUAUCUGAAGGGGAAUUUGGAAGUUCCCAAAACUUGGACAACCUCAUUUGAUAUUGUCAGGUAUAAGACUAUAAGCCAAGGUGAAAGAGAGAACAGUUCAAGUGGCAGUGCUUCAGAUGGUAGAUGUUAUGUAGAGAACUCAAAAGUGAGUGAGAGCUUGCUGUUGAUGAAAUUCUACUCUUUAUCAUCAGGCGUUGUGAACCACCUUCUUUCUGAUCGGGAUGGGAAAGAACUGGAACUCCCAUUUGAGGUGACAGAUCAGGAACGUGACAUAAUUCUAUUCCAAAGAAGCAGUUUUAUACUAGGAAGGUCAGGCACAGGGAAGACUACUGUCUUAACCAUGAAGUUGUUCAAGAAAGAGCAAUUACAACAUUUAGCAACUAGAGGUUUCAAGGAAGUCAACACAAAUAACUCUAAUGAACUCUGUCCGGCAAACAGAAUCAUGGAUGGUAUUGGAGGGACUGAAGCAACUGUAUUGCGCCAGCUUUUUGUAACAGCCAGUCCUAAACUUUGUUAUGCCGUGAAACAUCAUGUUCUUCAAUUGAAAAGGUUUGCCAGUGGGGGAGAUUUUUCUCAAGGGAGUGUCUUGCAAGAUGUGGACGAUAUUGAUGGUGGGGCACAAUUCAAGGAUAUUCCUGACUCCUUUGUUGAUAUUCUUCCUAAGGCAUACCCUCUCAUUAUAACUUUACAAAAGUUUCUGAUAAUGCUUGAUGGAACAAUCGGCAACUCGUUCUUUGAGAAAUUCUAUGAUGCUAGGGAGCUAUCAAUUUCAAAUAAGGAAAUUGGGAAUGCACCAAUUUCCUUACGAAAUUUUAUAAGAACAAGAGAGGUAAAUUAUGAAAAGUUUUGUUCAAUUUAUUGGCCCCAUUUUAAUGCUAAGCUGACAAAAAGCCUUGACUCGUCCAGAGUCUUUACAGAGAUAAUAUCUCAUAUAAAAGGUGGCUUGAGGUCAGGGGAUUAUUCUAAUGGUAGACUUAAUGAGGAGGAUUAUGUAAAACUAUCUGAGGGUCGGGCGUCUAUCUUAAGUAGACAUGAGAGACAGAUGAUAUAUGAUAGUUUUCAAGAUUAUGAAAAAAUGAAAGGAGAAAAAGGUGAAUUUGAUAUGGCUGAUCUUGUGAUUGAUCUUCAUCGUCGACUUCGAAAUGAAAGGUAUGAGGGUGACAUAAUGGAUUUUGUUUAUAUUGAUGAGGUGCAAGAUCUUACAAUAAGGCAGAUUGCUCUUUUCAAACAUGUUUGCAAAAAUGUGAGUGAAGGCUUUGUCUUUUGUGGGGAUACAGCACAAACUAUUGCCAGGGGUAUUGAUUUUAGGUUUGAAGAUAUACGAUCCCUUUACUACAAUGAGUUUGUUUUGGAAUCAAAAUAUAAAGUAGACGAUGGAAAAAAGUGGAAAGGUCAAAUAUCUAAAUGUUUUAACUUGAGCCAGAAUUUCCGUACACAUGAUGGUGUCCUAAGGUUAGCAGAGAGUGUCAUCGACCUUCUUUACCGUUUCUUUCCUUCAUUUGUUGAUAUAUUAUGCCCUGAAACUAGUCUCAUAUAUGGAGAAGCCCCAAUUUUACUUGAAUCUGAGAAUGAAGACAAUGCAAUUGCAACAAUAUUCAGGAACCAUGGUAAUGUUGGGGGACAUAUGGUUGGAUUUGGAGCAGAGCAGGUCAUAUUAGUACGAGAUGAUCUUGCUAAGAAUGAAAUUUUGAAGUAUGUCGGCAAGCAAGCUCUUGUUCUGACUAUAGUGGAAUGCAAAGGUUUAGAGUUUCAGGAUGUAUUGUUGUACAACUUUUUUAGUUCAUCACCUUUGAAGAGUCAGUGGAGAGUUGUAUAUGCAUACAUGAAGGAGCAAGGCUUGGUUGAUGCCAGUUGGUUAUUUCCAAGUUUUAAAAUGGCAAAACACAACAUUUUGCGCUCCGAAUUGAAGCAGUUAUAUGUUGCUAUCACUCGCACAAGGCAGAGAUUGUGGAUUUGUGAAAAUGAAGAAGAGUUUUCCAAGCCUGUGUUCAACUAUUGGAAGAAGAAGUGUCUUGUUCAAGUUAGGAAGCAGGAUGAUUCACGUGCACAAGCAAUGCAAGUUGCUAGCAGUGCAGAAGAGUGGAAAUCACGUGGUUAUAAGCUGUUGCAGCAGGGUAACUAUGUGAUGGCAACAAUAUGCUUCGAAAGAGCACACGAUACAUAUGGGGAAAAACUUUCCAAGGCUUUUGGACUUAGGGCAGAUGCUGACCGCUUGCAUGGUUUAAAUCCUGAAAUGUCUUCUACUGCCAGGAGGCAGGCUGCUGAAAUUUUUUAUUCCAUUGGCAAGGCUGAGCAUGCUGCAGAUUGCUUUUACAUGUUAAAGGAGUACGAAAAAGCAGGUGCAAUUCCAUUUCCCUCCUUUUACCUUGUUUAUAUUAUUUUCUUGUAAGCAUGAACGUGAACUAAUAGCCUCUACAGCUCUGAGAUUCUAUGAUUUCUAUAUUUUGUUGUCCAGAAGACAUUUCCUUUCUUCUAAUGUGUUGAAUAACUUCUUUCCAUGAAGUAAGAGAAAGAAAAAGAUUCUUUAAUUGCAGCUUUUUAGAUUAGAUGCUAAUGCACUUAGCAUUUCAUUUCUCAAAAGCAUUAUAUUUAAGAAUAAAACAUUCUCCAUGUUAUUUAUUGAAGCAUCCAUGUCUUUCCAAGCUGGGUGUUUAUCAUCUUAUCUGGUGGUUUGGUUUUUUGUUCAUUAAUGACUAAAAAAAUAAAUUUUCUUUUU